AUGGCCAAAGGCAGCAAAGGCAACACGACAUCGUACACCUCCUACCCGAGUGGUUACGAGCAGCAGACAGGGCAUCACACCAACUCGCACCACUCAAAUGCGUCUGGCAGCGUCACCUACUCCUCCCAAGUCUCUGUGGCCGGAAGCUUUCCUUCCAACAAUGAACCAAGCUCGCACAACCAAGGAAUAUCGCAGGCAGAGCGAGCAGCUUCCGCUUGGAACCACCCUGGAGUGCCCCUGUCGAACCUCCAGCAGCCCCGUCGGAAUUACUCAGAAGUAAUGGGUGCCGUCAACGAUCUUGGCUACGGCCAGAGACAACCAGCGCCGCCGACAUAUCACUAUGCUCCACAGCUCGAAGUUGACGUUGACGUCCCAAGCAAAAGCCGCCAAGGAAGCUCGUCAUCGCGCCGGGAUACUAGCAGUCGCGCACCUCGGCGUUGA